AUGAAUUCAUCCUUAAAAAAUAAUGAAGAUGAAAACAAUUAUUUUGUCAUAUCCUUUUUUGAAUCUCUUUCAAAUUUUAUAAAAAAUGUAAAAAUUGAAAUAAAAGAUAUAUUUGAAUUGCUUAAUUAUCCUUGUGUUUAUCAAAAUUGUAAAAAAAAAUUUAGUGUUAGUGAAAAUGAAGAUUUUAAAAAUACUUUAGCAACAAAUGUUAUUAGUAAAGUAGAUAAAAAAAACAUUGAAAAUUUCAGGGCAUAUAAGAAAGAAUUACAUAAUAUGUUACAAAAUGUUAAAAUAUUUCAAGAAAAAUAUAAAAUGGAUAUACCUUUAAUGUUUAUUGUAGAAAAUUUAGUAACACUUCAUUUAAUUAAUGAAUAUAAAAUAAACAAUAUAGUUAAAAAAAUUCAAGAGCACAAUAUUGUAAUGCCAGAAUUAAAUAGUGAUUUGCCUGAUUAUUUAAUACACACUAUAGAGGUAGAUGAUAAUGAAAACUUUAAUGAAUUACUUCCUAAAAUAAGAGAAAAUAAUAGUUUAUCAAUUCAUAAUAAUGUGCUUAAACAACUUUUAGAAAGUUCAGAAAUUAAGAUAAAUUUUUCUAAAAUGGGUGAUAUUAAUGACGAAAAUUUUAAUCAUUCAAAUAGAUUAAAUUAUAUAUCAAAUUAUAAUGUUAAAUCUAAUGGUUUUAUACCAUUUAAAAAAGAAGAAAACAAUAAUUUGCCACAUAAAAUAGAAGAGAAAAGUAAUAUCAUAGAAAACAUAGGAUUAUCUGAAGAAACAUUAAAAUUGCUAAACUUAUUACCCAAAAAAAGAAAAACAGAUAUUGAUUAA